UUUGCGUGUGCUCUUUUAUUUGGCUGUGGACUGGCAUGCCGAGGGAAAUUUUCACUAUUUAGGCUACCACGCCCAAAAAACAACGAUGUUCUAAAUUUAAACGUGAAAUAAAACACGUUGGACUCGAGAUUAAUUUUAUUUUCUGAGCUGCAAAAGGGGCCCGGACAUUACAAUUUGUUUCUUCCGUGUCGAUUAUAGGUGAACACCAAUGUCAUUUUGUUGACUUAGCAACGGGAGGAAAACUAUGGGAGCGGGUUUAUUUUGGCUACAAAUGGAAACAUAACGAGUAAAUUUAGUCCUAAUGUUAUGGUUAAUCCAUGCAGUUUGAAAGAGACGUUCUGGGACAGAGGGGAGGAACAUGAUCGCCAAAUAUCCCUAGUCAAAGAUGUCUUACCUGGACUCAUCAGAGGCUACUGAUGAGGAGGAGACUUUCUACAUGCAGUGCAGAGCUGCCUACCUUAGUGUGUUCAAAUCCAGCUUGACAAAUAUCUCAUCGAAACAGGAAUUAUGUAGAGUUCUCCAGUUAGCUGGUAGAAAUCCCUCUCAAGCCACUCUUGAUAAAUACUGGAAACCAGGAACAAGUCACAUGAACUUUGAUGAUUUCUGUGACAUACUGAAAAGUGAGUGGAAAACUGAAAACAGUGAGCUGAUGGGAGUUUUCAGAAAGCUGGAUGCAAAUGGGGAUGGCUACAUUUCUCACAGCAAAGUGGAACAACUCCUUUCAACUGGAGGAGAUAAAAUGACAUCUCGGGAGCUGAAAGCCAUUUUAUCACUAAGUGAAAUCAACAAGGAUGGCAAAUUUAACUAUGUUGAGUUCUGUAGGCAUCUUGUGUCCACUGUGGAGAAAUGUCAGAUGGCCUCUUUGGUGAAGCUCCAGUCUGAUGCCAAGUUGAAGAAACAAAACUUUGGCAGUAAUCCUGACAGCUCACCAAAACCUUCCGUGAUAUCAUCGGCAACUCUCCUUCAGCCUCCAGAAACAACUUCACCAGAUCCAGACGUCACAACUCGGAAAGACAGCCGUCCAUCCUCUCGUCCUUCUUCUGCUCGCAGUAGACGAUCAUCCUUGUCAAACUCAAUCACUGCAACAUCCAGCACUAGCAAGAGUCAUCACAGUUUUAUGAAGGGAUGUUUCUUCCUGGACAUGGAUGGAACUAUUAACUCACUGCAGUACCAGCUUCAUCUACCACAGACUUCCAAUGUUACCCUAAGCAUCCGCCCUAUGAGCCUCGACCAAAGAGCUGACAAGCCCUCCCCCUGGAUGAACGUGGACACAGCUCUUUUUGUGAUGUCAGCCGGUGAUACAGAAGAGGAUCUGACACUAAUGUGUUUCACUGAUACAAAAGACAAAGAAAAAUACUGUUGGAAAGGCGAACUGAAAGCUGGGAUGUACUACCUAUUGCCUUUCUCCAGCGGCUGUAGAUUAAAGAAAAGGAGCCAAAAGAACGUCCCCACUAAAUCCAUAGAUCUUGUCUACAAGACCGACACUGGAGAACUCGACUUGACUAGAGCGUUUCGGGAGACGCUGUCGGAGAUAUUUGACAUCAUCGACCUGGACGGGAAUGGUUUGCUCAGUCUUGAGGAAUACAAUUUCUUGGAGCUGAUGGUCAGCGGAGAGGAGUGCAAGAUGGGGGCGUGGGCCAGCUGCAAAGAGAAUUUUGACAUGAGAAAGAAUCAACUGACGAAACAGGGCUUUAUGGAGCUGAAUUUGAUGGAGGCGACAGAGAAAGACGGGGACUCCGAUGACCUGUGGACUCUUGUGGAAACCAUGGGCUACAACCGUAUGCUGGAGCUUGUCGAGGCUUGCCCAUUCCAGAUAGACAUUGACUGUGAGAGCACACAGCCAUCACUGCAGCCACUUAAAAUGGACUCUGGGCUCAAAAUUCUGAAUCAGGCCCUGAUGAAGUCCAUCACUUUAGAGGGAGCAGUCAAACAACUAAAAGGACAGGACAACGUGCUCAUCUACACCUACAAAGGGGAGCACAGGGUAUCCUCCCUUAUUAUUAACAAGUCCAACCAGAAAGUGACAGUCCGUGUCAACAACAAGCACAACAUCAACUGUUGCAGCAGUAGAGGACUUAGUGUAUUUGCUAUUGAGGUGCCUGCCCGGACUAAGAUGGUGUGCCAACAUGUCCUGCCCACCAGUGACAAACAGGACUGGACCUACAACUGUGCUGAGACGGUACUGUCCAGUAAAUAGAGCUACAUAGACAUCUCUUCGCUGCUCCUGACACCCGACAUGAUUGAAAAAAAGGGGGGGGGGGUUGCAUCCAAAGUGCACCUUACUUGAAAAGAACCUUGCAUUUAGAACCUUAGUUGCCUUGCUGUUCCUAUUGCAGCUAUUUGUCAUCAUUCCAUUCUGGUAAUGCAGUGUGGUGUCUGCUUUGGGCAGACUGUCUUGCAUUGGCAAUGAAUUGCAUGCCUCUGUACAACACUCUAGUCUGAACUUUACUUGCCCUUGGCCUUUUCGGCUAUGUCUUGACCUUCUAUUUAUAUCUCACAGACCGUUCUAUGCCCUUUGACAUUUUCUGCUGAAACGGUAGACCCAACUCACUAAAUGUCACUUGGCAUAUGAGCUGUAUUUUAUGCCACACUCUGCAUUUCCUUUUCCAACAGGUACCUUAGACCCUGAGCUGUUGGCUCAUAUUGUGUUGCUGUAAGUACUGUAAUCGGUGCAUGUCCCAGUAAUUUUUCAUUGAUUUUUCAGUUAUUUUUUUCUUUUAAUUUGAAGCAAAAAUGAAAAAUUUAACAAAUUACUACAUAUUACUGUAGAGUUGCGUUGAUUUGUCAAUAGGCAUGACUUCCCAAUGUUGUUUAUAAUAUUAAUAUUUUAUUUUAUCAACUUUUAAUCUUAUAAAAGAUGAGAGGUCAAGCUCAUUGAUUUUUUUGUAUCUCACAUAUACAUUAUCUUCAUUGAAGAGCUCUGAAAACAAGUGAUAUGACAAGGCUGAUGUUCAACUUUGCUCAGUUUAUGAUGAAUAAACACUGUGAUGCAACAGGCAAACGCCAA